AUGUUUCCUUCACCAUCGCACAAUCUCAGAUUUUUGACAGCUCUGAGGCACAAACACUUUUAUAAUUAACUGAAAGUCACACCCAUCACCAAGUGCACAUAUAUGGCCUACUGUGUGCGCAUGCACCAGUCGUACUCCUGCAGGUGAAAGCGUGUGCGUCAGGUGUCUUCACCAUCAGACUCGUGUCAGAAAGGGACGCAUUGUGGAGAUCCACUCGGCCCCCCCGAAACACCACCAAAAUGGGUGCAGAUUAUUUCGGAUUCUCCUUUGUCCGGAAUGAAAAACAAAACUCCACCAUAGCGAUUAACAAUCCAGCAGAUAUCUCAGUAAUUGUGAUAUAUUUCUUAGUUGUUCUGGCUGUGGGAAUAUGGGCAAUGGUGAGGACAAACCGAGCCACUGUAGGAGGAUUUUUCCUGGCUGGCAGAAGUAUGGUAUGGUGGCCGAUUGGAGCUUCUCUCUUUGCAAGUAACAUUGGAAGUGGCCAUUUUGUAGGAAUAGCAGGGACUGGAGCUGCUGCUGGUAUUGCCAUUGGAGGCUUUGAAUGGAACGCUCUUGUUGUCGUGAUUAUUCUGGGAUGGCUGUUUGUGCCCAUAUACAUAAAGGCUGGGGUGGUGACCAUGCCCGAAUACCUAAAGAAACGGUUUGGUGGACAGCGUAUCCGUAUCUACCUCUCUGUGCUUUCCUUGUGUCUCUAUGUCUUCACCAAAAUCUCUGCAGAUAUGUUUGCAGGAGCCAUUUUUAUUAAUCAGGCUUUAGGACUCAACAUUUACCUGGCUGUAUUUCUUUUGCUGCUCAUUACAGCGCUUUAUACAGUAACAGGUGGACUGGCAGCGGUGAUCUACACAGACACCUUACAGACCAUCAUCAUGGUUAUAGGCUCAUUUAUUCUUAUGGGUUUCGCGUUCAAUGAGGUCGGAGGUUACGAGAACUUACAGCAAAAGUACAUGAACGCAAUCCCGUCAGUGGUCAGCGAAAACAUCAGUUCAGCGUGCUACACGCCCCGCGCAGACGCAUUUCACAUUUUCAGAGACCCCAUCAAAGGAGAUUUGCCCUGGCCAGGACUUAUUUUCGGUCUUACUAUUCAGGCCGGCUGGUACUGGUGCACUGAUCAGGUGAUUGUCCAGCGCUGUCUCUCCGCCAAGAACUUAUCUCAUGUGAAAGCUGGUUGCAUCUUGUGUGGUUACCUCAAACUUCUUCCCAUGUUUCUAAUGGUUUUCCCUGGCAUGAUCAGCAGAGUACUGUACCCAGAUGUGAUUGCAUGUGUGGAUCCAGAAGAGUGUUACCGCCACUGUGGAACCAGUGUGGGCUGCACUAAUAUUGCCUAUCCCAAACUAGUGGUGGACCUGAUGCCAAAUGGUCUCAGAGGAUUGAUGUUAUCCGUCAUGCUGGCGUCUUUGAUGAGUUCCCUCACGUCCAUCUUCAACAGCGCCAGUACUCUCUUCACCAUGGAUAUCUACACCAAGAUCCGACCCAAGGCCAAAGAAAAGGAGCUCAUGAUCGCUGGCAGGUGUUUUAUGCUGGUUCUUAUUGGCGUGAGUAUUGCGUGGAUCCCCAUCGUGCAGUCGGCUCAGAGCGGGCAGCUCUUUGAUUACAUUCAGUCCAUUACCAGUUAUCUGGCUCCACCCAUCGCUGCCGUCUUCGCACUGGCCAUUUUCUGCAAGCGAGUCAAUGAACCUGGUGCCUUUUAUGGGAUGUGUAUUGGCCUGUUGGUGGGUCUUUCACGCAUGAUAACUGAGUUCGCCUAUGGGACUGGCAGCUGUGUUCAACCCAGCAACUGUCCUACGAUCAUCUGCGGUGUGCACUACCUCUAUUUUGCCAUCAUACUCUUUGUCUUAUCCUGUAUUCUCAUAUUAGGCAUCUCCCUCAUGACCAAACCCAUUGAUGACAAACAUCUGCACAGGCUUUGCUGGAGUUUGAGGAACAGCACUGAGGAAAGGAUUGAUCUGGAAAACGAUGAAUGGACUGGAGAUCAGGACUCUGACACCAUGGAAAUAGAAGAGGAACGUGCGGAGCCGAACUGUUUCAAGAAGGCGUACAACUGGUUCUGUGGCUUUGAUCAGGGUAACGCCCCUAAACUGACUAAAGAGGAGGAGGCGGCGCUCCAGCUGAAGCUCACCGAUACAACUGAGAAACCUUUGUGGAGAAACGUGGUAAACGCUAACGCCAUCAUACUCCUCGCUGUCUGCGUCUUUUUCCAUGGUUUCUUCGGUUAAAAAAAAAAAAUCCCAGAAAAUUCCAAGUAUGCAAAAAACAAAAAGGGAUGUUGAAGAAUUAAAUCUCUGUUUUGUGGAUAGAAAGAUCUUUCUGCUGACAUCAAACACAAUAUGUUUAGUCUUAUUGGAGGUUACUGAGUCCUCCACACAAAUUGCCUUAUUGCAUCUUCACCAAAUCUGCACUCUUUAUAGACAAGGAAUAAAAUAUCUUGUCGCUGUACAUUUAGAUUCACAUUAUGUCAUCUGGAGCACUUCACCUGACUUUGGCUUUUAGACCGAAAAUGUACACAAUCAGGUCCUUAGUAGCUGCUAUAGUAACUUGUUUUAGAUGUCUACCAUUUUUCAAUACAUGUAACUAUGUUUACCUGUCAAAAACCUUACAUUUGUCCUUUCCAUCUGACUGGUAAUGUUAAACAUACAUAUUUUGUAAACAGCCCUGAUGCUUUAUGAUCAAAUUAAAGCUUUUGGCUAACACAGGACACUUUAACUGCUGUUUGUAAGCCGUGUCUCUUUACUUUUGUAAGUAAAAUAUGUGUUUGUCCAGGACAAGAGAGGAUGUUAUUAAUAUUCAUAUUUCUGACAUGGUAUUAUUAAUGUAUUUCAUAUGUACUGUAAUAUGAAUAUUAAUUAAAUUAUUACUGACUUUGUUAAUAAAAUAAAUACAUUUUAGCAUUUACAUAGAAA